AUGGAGGGAACGAGCUCCGAGGAUCGCCAUGCCUAUCUGGCGCUCGAUGAAAUGGGACCUCAUGUAGUUCUGCUUAUUGCGAACAAACCCUCUGCAUUAAGUGCGAAUAUACCCUUUUGCGGAAAUGGAGAACGGAGUAGCGAGCUACGCUCGCGGAGCUACGCUCGCGCGACAGCUCCGCGCAAUGUCUUGUCGCGUCCACGCCCUGCCGCACCUUCUUUCGCUUCUCCGUCGCUGAAAUCGCCUAGGAACGGGGGUAUUAAAACAAGCUUGCUCUUUGGCCAACCAUUGAGGGCGAGCUCGAGGUCCUUACCAAGGAGUAACAAGGCGGCGGGAAGCUCGUCAGGGACCACGAAGUGUGAGAUUGGAGAUAGUCUGGAGGAGUUUUUAGCGAAGGCAACUCCUGAUAAGAACCUCAUAAGGCUGUUAACGUGCAUGGGGGAAGCACUGAGAACCAUCUCCUUCAAGGUGAGGACGGCUUCAUGCGGAGGGACAGCGUGCGUGAAUUCUUUUGGUGAUGAACAGCUCGCGGUCGACAUGCUUGCUGACAAGCUCCUUUUCGAGGCAUUGCAAUACUCACAUUUCUGCAAGUAUGCAUGCUCCGAGGAAGUCCCUGAGUUGCAAGAUAUGGGCGGACCAGUGGAAGGUGGGUUUAGCGUGGCGUUCGACCCUCUGGAUGGUUCUAGCAUCGUUGACACAAAUUUCACGGUGGGCACAAUCUUUGGGGUUUGGCCGGGUGAUAAACUCACUGGUGUGACCGGAGGAGACCAGGUUGCCGCUGCAAUGGGCAUAUACGGUCCUCGAACAACUUACGUUCUCGCUCUUAAAGACAUUCCAGGAACUCAUGAAUUCCUCCUCCUGGAUGAAGGUAAGUGGCAGCAUGUCAAAGACACAACAUCCAUUGGAGAGGGAAAGAUGUUCUCUCCAGGAAAUCUAAGGGCUACGUUCGAUAACCCUGACUACGACAAGCUGAUCAAUUACUAUGUUAAGGAGAAGUACACGUUGAGGUACACUGGAGGAAUGGUGCCUGAUGUCAACCAGAUCAUAGUAAAAGAGAAGGGUAUAUUCACCAAUGUGACAUCUCCAACUGCUAAAGCUAAACUCAGAUUGUUAUUCGAAGUGGCUCCUCUGGGUUUCCUAGUAGAGAAAGCUGGAGGUUUCAGCAGUGAUGGCAAACAAUCUGUUCUCGACAAGGUAAUAACUACCCUUGACGAGAGGACUCAGGUCGCUUAUGGGUCUAAAAAUGAAAUCAUCAGAUUUGAGGAGACUAUGUAUGGGUCCUCAAGGCUAAAGUCUGGUACACCUGUUGGUGCUGCUGCUUGAGAUUGAUAGAGCAAAUCUUGUGAACAUCAACACUUUGAAUCUGGCAUUGUAAUAAAGUGCCAACACCUUCAUAUUUAGAAUUUGAAUGUAUAAGAUCAAUAUAAGGAUCAAACUUAGAAGGUUAAAGGUCCUGUGUCUGCAGCAUUUCUGUUCAAAUCUGUACAAUUAAGAUACUUCCUUUUUUCUUGUGGUGUUUCUAUAAUAGAUAAUGAAACUUUCUUGUAAA